AUGAGAUUAUACCUCCUCCCGCUCUCCACGCGGCGAACGCUGCUCUACGCGAAACGACUCGAAGUCACCACUGCGCCACAGGGUCGCUCCUACGUUGACAAGGGCACCGCCUGGGCCGCCAGAACUUGGGCGCAGUGGGAGAAGAUGGAUAAGGGCUGGAAGCGAAAGGUCGUCGACUAUGGAAACUAUGCUUUUCGGCGCAUCCCCUACGAGGAAUGGGGUCUCAAGUCGGUGCCGCCUCUGUCUUCGAGACGUCGUGAUAAGGAGAUUCAUGGCGCAAAGGUCGAUUUGUGCUUUCCGAGCUCUGUGAUACCGCCUAGCAAGGCCGAGGGUAUUCUUCAGACUCUGGCGACGGAGAGGCAGGCUCUGCAUAAGAAGAGGCUUGUUUGGUGCAUCGUGGGCAUGCCGAUUACUAUCCCGUUUGCCCUGGUACCUAUCAUCCCCAAUCUGCCCUUCUUCUAUCUUGUCUACAGAGCCUGGUCGCACUACCGAGCUAUUGCGGGUGGGAAGCAUGUCCAAUGGCUUCUGGAGCAUAAACUACUACGGACGUAUCCGUGUGCGAAGCUCGAUCAGCUCUAUGCGCUACAUGCCCCGCCCGCCGAAGAGCCAGAAAACAAGGAACGUAUGCUGCUCACCCAAAAAGAAGUCCAGACUUUCUCCGACACUCUCGACAUGCCGGCUCUCGAAGUCGAACUUGAAAGAGCGAUAUGGCAGGUUGAACACGCCGUGCUUGAUCCAGAUGGUAAGAGCCCGCCUAAAGAAAAAGCAGCCGGGACAGCGGCUGAUGAACCAGGAUCCACUGAACCUGUAGAGGAGAAGUAUAAAGAGAAGAAAGAGCAAUGA